CGGCGAACUGGCGGGCCGCGCACCUCGCCCUCAAUGCGCGCCUCCUCCCCCCCCCCCUCCCGUCAGAUCUCGAAGGCUGAGCAGGUUUCAGCCUGGCUCGUACAUGGAUGGCAGACCGUCUGGGAAUACCAGGCGUUUGUGCGCUUAGGCUGCGAGGUGGCAGUACGGCAGUGCAUUUAUUUAAUCCAUCUGUGCGGAGCUCCCGGAGUUCCCCUUGUACGCGCGGUGGUUUUUCCCCGCAAGUUCCGAUUUCCUGCCACGCUGCGCCGAACGCUCCAUGAAUUAAUGGAAUCAGCCAAACAUCCCAACGCGGGCUCCUCCCAAAAAGCGAGGCUCGAGACUUUUCGCGCGCGGGGCCUCGGCGGUGGUCGCGCGGGCAGCUGCCGGAGGCGCGGAGGGCCCUGGACGACCGCGCGGGACCAGGCGGGUGGGGACCGACAGAGGCCACCGCGCCGAGGGCCUGGGCGGUGCGCGACGAAGCACGGCAGAAGACGAUGGCGAAAGCACCGAGACGCAACGCGCGGAUUGCAGAGGUCGCGUUCGCCGAUCACGAGAGGCGGUGGACUGGGCCAGGAGGCAUCGCGAGAAGGAGUGAAGUGCCGAUGGACGAGACUGGUGACGGAAUCGCGGCCGAGAGAGAGAUCGACAGAGAUAGCGUACCCAAGAGGGUGACCCCGGUGGGGAUGUCGGAGCGAUGCGAUCAGCUCCUACAUCUACGUCCAACCAAGCAGCCAGGCAUCCACUGACACUCACCAGCCCGCACUCCACGCGCAUCCUCAACUUCUGGCCCCGUCUUUCGCCAAUUGUUCACUUCUCAGUGUCGAUGCUUGCAACCCCGCGGUGGCAACACGCACGGUAGCGCCAGGUGUUUGGCAAGGAGGGCCUGUGCGCUUGCGUUUCCUACAGAUGUAGCUCCCAUGCUCCCAUUCCGGUGGGCAGGAGUCGCCGGCACAGACGAGGUGAGGGGCGCCUGCAGCGGCCAUGACGAAACUCUACGAGUUCAAGUGGCAGAAGCCGGUGCCGGAGUUCAUGCAGCGCGGAGCGAUCUUCCACCGCUACGACGAGGAGACUGCGGUGUUUGAGAACAGCUGUCACGUGCAAGUCGACGAGUUUGGCUUCUUCGUGCGCUGGACCAGUGAGGGCAAGGAGGGGCAGGUGCUGGAGUGCUCGCUCGUCAACGACGUGCGCCUGGGGACACAACCGAAGGACACCAAGGUGCUGGCGGCGCUGGAGGGCCUGGCCCGCGUGGGCCCCGAGCUGGAGAGCUGCCUGGUGUGCGUGUGCAGCGGCACCGACCUCGUGAACAUCACCUUCACGCACCUGGUGGCCGACAGCCCCGAAGUAGCCAAGGAGUGGCUGGAGGGACUCAAGUCCGUGAUUCACAAUUUCCGGGCCAACAACGUGUGCCCCAUGACUUGCCUGCGGAAACACUGGAUGAAGCUCUGCUUCCUCAUAAACCCGAGUGGAAAGAUCCCCGUACGAAGUAUCACGCGGACAUUCGCUUCUGGCCGCACAGAGAAGGGCGUUUUCCAAGCGCUCAAGGACCUGAACCUCCCCAGUGGCAAGAACGAGGAGAUCGAGGUGCCCGACUUCACGUUCGAGAAGUUCUAUGACCUCUACCACAUCAUGUGUCCCCGCACGGACACCGACGAGCUGUUCCAGCAACUCAGCCGCGGCCAGCCUCAUAUAACCAUAGAUCAAUUAGUCACCUUUCUUAACGAAUACCAGCGUGACCCUCGGCUCAACGAGAUCCUCUUCCCGUUCUACGACGCGAAGCGAGCCAGGCAGAUCAUCGAGGCUCACGAGAAGGAUGAAGAGAACCGGAACCAAGGGCGGCUGUCGCGGGACGGGCUGUGCCGGUACCUGAUGUCGGACGAGAACGCGCCGGUCUUCUUGGACCGCCUGGAGCUCUACCAGGACAUGGAGCAGCCGCUCUCGCACUACUACGUCAACUCCUCGCACAACACCUACCUCAUCGGCCGCCAGUUUGGGGGCAAGUCCUCGGUGGAGAUGUACCGCCAGGUGCUGCUGGCCGGCUGCAGGUGUGUGGAGCUGGACUGCUGGGACGGCAAAGGGGAGGACCAGGAGCCGAUCAUCACGCACGGCAAGGCCAUGUGCACCGACAUCCUCUUCAAGGACGUGAUCCAGGCCAUCAAGGAGACGGCGUUUGUCACUUCCGACUACCCAGUCAUCCUCUCCUUCGAGAACCACUGCUGCAAGUCGCAGCAAUACAAGAUGGCGCGCUACUGCGAGGAGGUGUUCGGAGAACUGCUGCUCAAGCAGCCCCUGGAGAGCCACCGGCACCGAUUGAAGCUGGAGCCGGGGAAGCCGCUUCCUUCUCCGAGUGACCUGAGGCGGAAAAUCCUGAUCAAGAACAAACGCCUCAAACCGGAGGUGGAGCAGAAGCAGCUGGAGGCGUUCCGCCGGCUCACCGAGGGCGGCGAGCCGCCUGCCGAGAUCCUCGCGGAGCUCAACGAGGAGGAGACCGACACCGUGGAGCCGGAGGAGGAGUCGUGCUUGGAGGCGAGCGACCUGUCGCCUGACGAGAGGGAGAAGCUGCCCCACAGCGUCAGCAUCAAGAGCAUGAGCAAGAAGGCUGGCGAGGAACCCGACCCAGUCCAAAAGAAGGACAGCACGGCGGUGGAGAGCGAGGAUGCCUGGGUGUCGGCCUACAAGUACACGGGCGGCACCACCAACAUCCAUCCCUACCUCUCCGCCCUGGUCAACUACGCCCAGCCCGUCAAGUUCCAGAACUUCAUCGUCGCAGAGGAGAGGAACAUCCACUACAACAUGUCCUCCUUCAACGAGUCCGUGGGCCUCGGCUACCUCAAAACCGGCGCCAUCGAGCUCGUCAACUACAACAAGCGGCAGAUGAGCCGCAUCUAUCCCCGGGGAGGCCGCGUGGAUUCCUCCAACUACAUGCCGCAGGUCUUCUGGAACGCCGGCUGCCAGAUGGUGUCCCUCAACUUCCAGACGCCAGAUCUGGCCAUGCAGCUCAACCAGGGGAAGUUCGAAUACAAUGGAUUCUGCGGGUUCCUGCUCAAGCCGGACUUCAUGCGGCGCCCCGACCGCACCUUCGACCCCUUCUCAGAGACGCCCGUGGACGGAGUCAUCGCCGGCACCUGCUCCGUUCAGGUCAUCUCGGGCCAGUUCCUCUCCGACCGGCAGGUGGGCACCUAUGUGGAGGUGGACAUGUACGGGCUGCCCACCGACACGAUCCGCAAGGAAUUCCGCACUCGCCUGGUGCCCAACAACGGCCUCAACCCCCUCUACAACCAGGAGCCCUUCGUCUUCCGGAAGGUGAUCCUGCCGGACCUGGCGGUGCUGCGGAUCGCCGUGUUCGACGACAGCAACAAGCUCAUCGGGCAGCGCAUCCUGCCGCUCGACGGGCUGCAGACGGGCUACCGGCACAUCUCGCUGCGCAACGAGGGCAACAAGCCGCUGUCCCUGCCCACCGUCUUCUGCAACAUCGUCCUCAAGACCUACGUCCCCGACGGCUUCGGAGACUUCGUGGAUGCGCUGUCGGACCCCAAGCGCUUCCUGUCGCAGGCGGAGAAGCGCGCCAACCAGAUGCAGGCCAUGGGCAUUGAGGCGAGCGACAUAGGGGACGUGCCCGAGAGCCGAGGCAGCGUCAACCGCGGCGCCGCCACUCCCCAGACCAGCGCCACGCAGAGCCGCGCCACGCAGAGCCGCGCCACGCAGAACCGCCCGGCUCCGAGCGCUGGAAACGGCGCCGUGCCCGGCAAGGCCAGCAAGGACGAACCCCUGGUGCCUCCCGUGUGUGUGGACACGCUGAGACACUCCAAGUCAUUCCUCAAGCUUCUCAAGAAGCAGGAGAAAGAGUUGACCCUUCUCAAGAAGGCCCACGCCAAGGCGCAGGCCAGUCUCCAAAAGACGUUCACGGGGCAAGGAGAGAAGGCGGCGAACCAGUACGAGCGCGAGCGCAGCUCCAUUCUCAAGCAGACAGAGAAGACCCUGGCUAAGAAAGGCGAAGGUCACUGUGCCGGCCUGCAAAAGGAAACGGAGAAGCGGGUGGAGGAGCUUACCGCCGAGCACCAGCGCAAGAUGCAGGUGCUGCAGGCGGAGCGGGCGCGCGAGCAGGCGGCGCUGCAGGUGCUGCAGGCGCGCAGGCAGGAGGAGGCGCGGACGGCGCACACCGCGCAGCAGGACGAGCUGGUGCGCGCGCUGCUGGCAGGCGCGCACGAGCAGCAGCUCCGGCAGCUGCAGCUCACGCAUGAGCGGGACACGAAGCAGCUGGAGGGGACCCAGGCCAAGCAGUCGAUGGAGGAGAGCAAGCUCAUCAGCCAGGACCACAGCAUCAAGAACAAGGCCGAGAGGGAGCGGCGGCUGCGGGAACUGAUCGCCAACAACACCAAAAAGUUCGUGGAGGAGAGGAAGAGGCUCCAAGGGAAGCAGGGUCGGGAGAUGGAGAUGAUCCGCAAGGUGCAACUGGAGCAGCAGGAGACUUUGCGGGUGCAGCAGGAAAAGGUCAAGCGCAACACCCCCGAGGUGACAGGGAGCCGGUGAACGGCACCGGCCGUGGACGCGGGCGAGCACGGCGACGUGGACGCCACGGGUUGCGGGAGCUGGCCUCGUUGCUCCGCCGAUGCAGCAUCGGCCACGGGUGACGGUGGGCCCCGACAGCCCCCGGACGCGGCGGUCGUGGAGAAAAAAAGUGAACGUCGUGAUCUCGGAUUCACCCACGUUCACUUUUCAAGGCGUCUCGUCGAGGAGCCGUCUAUUCUCAGAAGUGUGGGCCAUUCGCACACUCUGAACAAACUGGAAUACUAUAAAACUUUGAUAAAUUAGUCGAUUUUUUUUAAAUCCGUGUGCCUACUAUAUACCGUUCUCGGGCAAUGGCUUUCAUCAUUUUAAGUAUAUUUACGAAAUGGUUGUGAAUAAUAUAUAUGAUAAAUGUAGAUUAUAAUAACUGAACAUUAUCAUAUGAAUAUAAUGUUGUUGUGAACACCGGCCUGACGACUGUGGCUGUUUUACUCGCAUGGGAAGAUAAAAAGCACAUGCUCUUCGCCAAUAUGGCUGAAGCGUAAUUGAGAGACAACAGGACCCGUGUUCAGCCCUAGGAGCUCUCCGACCAGAGGAGGUACUCGUGACCCCGAGUUUCUCCCAUCCCACACGGCUCCCGGUUGAUGCUGCCACUCCUCUCUCCGGCUGAUCGUGCGAUCAGUGCUCAAUCGGGGAAGUGGAAACAGUCGCCGUAACUACUGGGGAAAGACACCGAGUCGGUGGUACCACUGUCCCCACAGAUGUUUAUUUGUAGAAAGGAUCCGUGUCCAACCAAACUCUCCCUGGGUUACGCUGACCCAUUCGUGGUCCUUCCAAAUGCCGCGUGUUCAACAAUGUGUUGGGAUGCCUUCUCUCGUUGUAAUGUAAUGCUCGAAUUUUGAGGGUUUGGAUAGUCGGGCUGCCACCUUUCACAGGCCAGACCCGGACACCUAUCUCAGUCGGCCUAGGUCUGUUAUCAACACUGUGCAGUUUAUUGAUGUAAAGUUCAACACAAUACCUUUACCAGAUCUCGGUACAAAUUAAUUACUACACCAAUUACACCAGACUGUCCGGGUCAAAUCCAGACGAGUGGCGACCCAAGGUUUGUGUUAGGGGUUGGGUUUAGGGGUUGGGGUUUAAGGUUAGGGACAGUAGGACCCAUUUGUGGGGACCAUUCUCAGCCGUGAAAUGGACAGACUGUCACGAGUAAUGUAGAAAAAGUUAUGUUCCACAGCCCAAUAUGUACACCAUUGGUUUCAAACUCCAGGUACAGCACAAAUGGAACUGUUUGUAUCGUCACAAGUGUCAGGUAUUCUUGUAUUUGGGAUGCAACGGGUAAUAAAAGACACUUUGUAC